GCCUCUUUAAUGUGUAGCAAACAACAGUUCAUGCACCUCUCGAGAAGCUGCAGGGCUUUCAACGAAGAAAGCUUGGCUUUUCAGAAGAAAGUAUUAGAAAGGUCAGGAAUCGGUGAGAAGACGUAUUUGCCGGAGGGGCUGCUGACAGUUCCAGCAAAGGAGGGUUUGAGUGAGGCAAGAGAAGAGGCCGAGAGAGUGAUGUUUGGAGCUGUAGAUGAGCUCUUUAGUAAGGUCAGGCUCAAGGUAAAUGACAUUGGAAUUUUGGUGUUGAAUUGCAGCAUGUUCAGUCCAACACCAUCUUUGUCUUCUGCUGUAGUGAAUCGUUACAAGCUAAGAAGCAACAUUUUGAGCUACAAUCUUGGUGGAAUGGGUUGCAGUGCAGGAAUGAUUUCUAUCGAUCUUGCCAAACAUCUUUUACAAGUGCAACCCAAUUGCUACGCCCUGGUAAUCAACGUCGAAUGUAGCAACGAAAACUGGUAUAGGGGCAAUGAUCGCUCAAUGCUGAUCUCAAACUGCAUCUUUCGCGUUGGUGGCGCUGCGAUUUUACUCUCCAAUCGAUCCAUUGAUCGUUUUUAUUCCAAGUACCAACUCAUUCACACUGUGCGUACUCAUAAAGGAGCAGAUGAUCUAGCUUUCAACUCUGUAUCACAACAAGAAGACGACGACAAAAGCCUAGUUGGCAUCAAGCUCUCUAAAGAACUUGUUGCCGUUGCUGGAGAUGCCAUAAAAACCAACAUCACGGCACUUGGCCCAUUAGUCCUUCCCUUUUCAGAGCAAUUCUUGUUUUUGGCAACCAAACUUGCCAAAAAGAUCUUCAAGAUGAAAAUUGCGGUGUAUGUUCCAGAUUUUAAGCUAGCUAUCGAGCACUUCUGUUUCCAUGCAGGCGGACCAGCUGUGCUGGAUGCGAUGGAGAAAAACUUGCAGAUGACGGAAUGGCAUAUGGAGCCUUCAAGAAUGAGCCUCUACAGGUUUAAUAAUACUUCCAGCUGUUCUAUCUGGUAUGAGCUUGCAUAUGCUGAGGCUAAGGGCAGGAUCCGAAAAGGCGACAGGGUUUGGCAGAUUGCAUUUGGGUCAGGCUUCAAGUGUAGCAGUUCUGUGUGGCGCGCUCUGACAGAUGUUGAUCCGAUUGGGGAGGAAAAUCCUUGGAUGGAUGAGAUCAAUGACUUCCCAGUGAUCGUGCCUAAAGUACAAGUUUUCGAGUGAUUUCACAUUUUCAAUACCCCUUUUGUUGUUUCCCAGUACUUCCUUUGAAGUGAAGAAAUUAUUCCAUAGCAGGAUGUGCAGCAGUGCAAGAUAUAUAUCCAAGGUUGU